AUGGCGACCAAGACAACGCGCUUCUUGACGCAGUUUGCGCGCGUCGUGUUCGAACAGUGGACGCAGACGCCCGCACGCGAGCACUUCUGGCACAACGAGACGUUCCUGUACUCACUGCUGGAGGAAUCGGUGGCUAAACUGCCGUCUGGGAAGCUCCAGACGCAGCUGUCGCGGGACCUCAAGACGCUCGGGACGCAACUGGCUUCGCUAUUGCACGAGCUGUACUUGGAGUAUGACAGGAAGGGGGUACAAGAUAAGGAGAAGUCGAUUGCACAAGGACCACGGGCGGUCAGUGCGCUACUGGACGAGGAGGUCACGGAGCUGGAGCUGACACGGGCAGCAGACGCCACGUCUGCUGCAAGGUAUCGCCGACUGGCUGGCGUGCUGGCUCUGGAUACGGGCGUGGACGUGACGCAGCAGGUGCCGGGCGUGAAGGAGCACGAUGCCGAGCAGCUGGUGCAGCUGUUUACGCUUAUUAGAGCACGUGGGUACGAGACGCCGCUGGAGCAGGAGCACAAGCGUGGACUCGUCCUGAGACGGCUGGCAGUUUGUGCAGAAUCGUUGGCGAGUCAAUUGUGCUCAACGUCGAGCAACUGGAGCUGUGGGGCGAAAGGGGACGCUGUCGAACAGGUACAGCACCUGCGUGCGCUAUUGGAGCGCAUCGUGGCUCAAGAUGCAGUGGCUCUGGCUCGAGUGUCUCAGGAAGGAGAAGAUGGGAGCUUGAAAGCUCCGUGGACGAUGUUUUACCGUCCAGCAGAAAGCAGAGAGCUGCAACGAGUGUCGUAUGACAACGAGAUGGCAAAGAUAUAUGGCACGUUGCUCACGCUUGGUGUGUACUUCCCAAUUGACAACCGUGAAGAGGAAACGUCGGAUGAAUCUUCUUUUUCAGGUGAUGAUGAGGAAGAAGCGGCACCAAAGACACAGAAGCAGAGCAGUGCGCUAGCGCAGGCCCAGUACACGACUCGGCAAAUACUGUUUGCUGCUCAGAUGCGGCAGCGCAAACUUUGUCCAGACGAUCGAUGGCUUGUGUCCGUGUUAUCCUUUUUGCAAAGCCUCCACAAGCCUACGACGUACCUGGAUGAAGAUGAAGAGGAGGCUCUGGACCCACAGGAUUGGUGCGCGUUACUCGACUGUGUUGGCACUGUAUACUCGCGCGCAUUCGGUAGAGCGACGUUGUUCGACCGUGCAAAAGAGAGUGCUACGGAAGAGAAGAUUGCAGCACAGGACCGCGCUUUGUUCGAGACCGUCUUGUGUCUCCGUCGCGCGGUACAUUUCAUGCGUGCAGAGUGCAAGUCGACUUUACCGACCAUUACUACGGCUAUGGCACGGCUGGCAGGUGUACCAGUGCCUGCCAGUUUCGUGUCGUGGUUGGACCAUGAACAGACUACGAACCCGGAGUCCGUGUUGGAAAAGGCCAUACAACGGCUAUGGAAAGAGUGUUUUGACCAGAAAAGGAUGAUGAGCAUGUUGCUGAGCUCAGGUGGUGUGUCGGACGUGGAAAUGCCUUUUAUCCAGAGAGGCUACCUCAAGUACUUGGACGAGCUUGCGGAGGGCAGGAUGGACAAGACCAGUUAUCGGACGGCAUCGCCUUCUACUGUUGACGCCACGGAUAUGUCCGCUGAUACGGAUAACCUCUUUUACGUGGACAAUGCCGGUGGAGAAGCUCAAGAGAAAACGAGCAAAUCAAAGAAAAAGCGUUCCAACAACAAGAAGAAGAAGAAGAAGAAAAGCGAACGAACAAGACUAUUGAGACGUCACUCCCAAAACGCAGCCGAACAUCAAUCGGUUGAGAAGGCACGACGGGGAGAAGCGAUGCUGCGGUCCAUUCGCGAUUUCCCUCCCUCAUCAUGUCGACGUACUUUAAAUCACCCACAUUGCCCCAGUCUUUCUAUUCGUUGCAUGGGUGACCACCACCUCCGUUAA